CUGCAAAUGGUUCAGAUUACAAUGAACGGCAUCAAUAUUUUUAUCUACCUAUUUUGAUUGUUCACGAGAUUUAAUUAAUUAAUUGAUUUGGCACCCUAGUUGUUUUAGUCUUAGUUAAAAAAAUUUGAAUACAUUUUGUUUUUUAAUUUUCUUUAUAAAAGGGUAUUUAAUGCAAGGUAGGGUGUGUGUGUAAGAACGCAGAGAAGCAGGUGAGGUCAAACUAGACACAACACUUAAUGCAUUGAGCAGAAGAAGAAGAAGAAGAAGAAUUAAGAAGAGAAAGAAAACAAAAAACAUGGAAGUUAAUGGAGAAGAAGAGAGAAGAAGUAGAAGAGAAGAUGAAGAAAAAGAAGAUUACUACUACUCUCUUCUCAACUCUCCAUGUUCUGUUUGUAACAAAUUUGUUCAAGCCAUAUUGAAGUGUCUUGGUCUUGAGUCAUCAUCAAUACCACCAUCUUCAUCAUCAUCAUCACCAUCCUUAGUAGAAGAAGAAGAUUCAGGAACUGAAACUGUUGAAGAAACAGGAUUUAUGGCGAGGAUAACAGCAGUGUUAAGAAGGAGACCAAGACCACCACCUUAUAGCUCAGGACGACCUGGUCAAAACAAUUGAUUCUGAUUAACACUCCUGAAGACAAGCUUGUGUCUCUCCGUGUGGAUCUUCUUGUUGUUUAAAAUUCACUUAUGAUCUUUAUUUUUUUUUACCAUUUUUUUGGUUAUGUGAGCGGUUUGCUUUUUUUUUCUUCUUAAUUUAUCUGAAAUAAGACAAAAUUGGUAAGACUCUUUUGUAAAAUAGUUUUCAUGUUUACCUUCU